GGUUGGCGGAGUGCGGCGGCGGUGGGAGUUCGCCGGCGCCAUGGUGGAGGAAGUCCAGAAGCAUUCUGUGCACACACUUGUGUUCAGAUCCUUGAAGAGAACCCAUGAUAUGUUUGUAGCUGAUAACGCCAAGCCUAUCCCGUUAGAUGAAGAAAGUCACAAAGUAAAGAUGGCAGUUAAGCUGCGUACAGAGUAUGGCUCAGUGUUACACAUGCCUACUCUUAAAGAAAACUUGAGAGAGAAAGGAGGCCCGAACACCGGGGAUCCUUAUGGACACAAACAGUAUUCUGGAAAUCAAGGACAAGAACUUGAGUAUUUGAUAACUGGUACACAUCCAUACCCACCUGGGCCUGGUGUGGCUCUGACAGCAGAUACUAAGGUCCAGAGGAUGCCUAGUGAAUCUGCAGCACAGUCCUUAGCCGUAGCACUUCCUGCUUCUCAGUCCAGGUUGGAUGCAAAUCGGACAGCUGCUGGUGUGGGUGAUAUUUACAGGCAUGCUGGAAUAUCUGAGCGUUCGCAGCCUCCUGGGAUGUCUGUGGCUAUGGUGGAAGCUGGUGGAAACAAAAAUUCUGCAUUAAUGGCAAAGAAGGCUCCAACCAUGCCCAAACCUCAGUGGCAUCCACCUUGGAAACUGUACAGAGUUAUCAGUGGUCACCUAGGCUGGGUGAGAUGUAUUGCAGUAGAACCAGGAAAUCAGUGGUUUGUUACUGGCUCUGCUGACAGAACCAUAAAGAUUUGGGACCUUGCUAGUGGCAAAUUGAAAUUGUCUUUGACGGGACACAUCAGUACUGUACGAGGGGUGAUAGUAAGUGCAAGAAGUCCAUACCUAUUUUCUUGUGGAGAAGACAAACAAGUGAAAUGCUGGGAUCUUGAAUACAAUAAGGUUAUCAGACAUUACCAUGGUCAUCUAAGUGCUGUCUAUGGUUUAGACUUGCAUCCAACAAUAGAUGUACUGGUAACAUGUAGCAGAGAUUCAACAGCAAGAAUUUGGGAUGUGAGGACGAAAGCCAGCGUGCACACACUAUCGGGGCACACAAAUGCGGUAGCGACAGUGAAGUGCCAAGCUGCAGAACCACAAAUUAUUACAGGCAGUCAUGAUACUACCAUACGGCUCUGGGAUUUGGUGGCAGGAAAAACUCGUGUUACUUUGACAAAUCACAAGAAAUCUGUAAGAGCAGUAGUGCUACAUCCAAGACAUUACACAUUUGCAUCUGGUUCUCCAGAUAAUAUUAAGCAGUGGAAAUUCCCAGAUGGAAAUUUCAUUCAAAACCUCUCUGGUCACAAUGCUAUUAUCAACACGCUGGCUGUAAAUUCCGAUGGUGUUCUGGUCUCAGGAGCUGAUAAUGGUACUAUGCAUCUUUGGGACUGGAGAACUGGAUACAAUUUUCAGAGAGUACAUGCAGCUGUACAGCCAGGCUCUUUGGACAGUGAAUCAGGAAUAUUUGCUUGUGUUUUUGACCAGUCAGAAAGCAGAUUGCUAACUGCUGAAGCUGAUAAAACCAUAAAAGUAUACAAAGAAGAUGAUACUGCGACUGAAGAAACUCAUCCUGUCAGCUGGAAACCAGAAAUUAUCAAGAGAAAGCGUUUUUAAUGUGGCAACAUACUUAUGCUGUGAUUUUGUUUUGGCUUUCCUGAGAGUGUUCAGUCACAUUUUGUUCUGCCUAGACCAGCAGAGCAGGAAGUCAGCUCAGUCAUUGCUAUUUCAACAUGUUUUAUAAUAAAUUUUAUUUCUCUGUCCUUUUGUCUUUUUUUCGGUGUGAUCCCAGCAAACCAGUUGCAGCUGUUAACUUUCUCUUUGUGGAGCACAUAUAGUUCAUGAAAAGGGUGGAUGUGCAGGUCAUCACUUUUUUUAUAUGAAUCUAUUGAGUGUAGGUCUAAAAAUAUUUUGAUGAGCCAGGUUUUCUGGAAGACCCUUGCUUGACUCCAAAAAUUAAUUGCAAAUUUAUGCACAGAAGCCACCUACUGGGAAUUCCUUGAGUGACACUUUUAGAUUUUAGACCAGUAUUGUUUACUGUACAUGUGCUAAGUAUGUACUGUAAUGGAACAGUAUAUAUACUCAAUUAUAGCAUAAUAGAGUAAUCAAGAAAGAAGUGGGACAAUAUAAUAAUAAUGUAGUUUGUUUUAUAAACACAGCCACUGAGCGUUGACAGUGCUGUGUUAUUGAAUGAAAUGGAUCUUCAAAGUGUUUCUUUGCCUAGGAAAGUUUUCAUAUGCAACUACUUAUCUUCACUUGUUACAUUUCAGAAUAGACUUUCUAUAGGAAGGACCACUGUCAAGUCUUAUUGUUCAGUUGCUACAAGGUUAAGACCAGUUGACUUUCUUUGUAAAUCACCUGUUUUUCCCAUUUACCCAAAUCAUAUAUGACAUUAGAGUACAGCGAACUUUUAAAACUGAGCUCUAAGAGGAAAAGCUCUUAAGUCAUUCUAGCCUUAAUUUUACAUGUUGCUGUCUCCCUAUGAUCUUAUGAAGGGAUUUAAAUAAAAAAAAAUUACCGAAAGAUAAUUCGUACUCAUGAAGGGACCUCAUUGUGUUUACAAACAGCCACAUAACAAGCAGUAAGCAUGUAAGCCUCCUUGCUACAGCUUAUCUGUGAUGUCUGUGCUGCUCUAAAGUACUUUGGG